AUGUUUCCUGUGCUCCUCUGGAAGUCCUCCCACACUCUCCACCAGAGUAGCCAGCCUCCGGAAGUCCUCCGGACUUUGUCGGACCAUCAUCGGACUUCCUCUGAAAUGAAGGGCACAUACUCGGCGAGCCACACCAGUGAAACCCAGGUUGAGGGUUGGACAGAGACCAUCUCAGACAUCUCCACUGUCUUCAACAAUAGUCCUCUUGCUUACUGUUCACAUGAGAUACUUGACCUCACAGGCUUUCUCCGCAAACUCAAGGGCAUGAAUGGUGACCAUGCCAGUGAUGUCAAGAAAACCAGGCGUCUCAUUGAGCAGUGGAAGCAUGAGAGCAUUCGUAUUUCGCUUGGACAUGAAGCCAUCAUUGAAAUGUCAUCUGAAGACUUAAAGCCACUUCUUGAUGAUGCCAAAAGUUCGAAGGUUGCCAAGCUUGGUGGUCACAACUCCUGGAUUUCAUUAUCAGCUGAAGACCAUCAGUGGCACUGGAGUCAGAUCAUGGACAUGCUCGCAUUGUGGUUAGGUACAGAGUGCUUUGACCAGCUUCCUGCAGAAAUUCAGCGAGAGCACGACCUCUUCUUUUUUGGUGGCUGUUCAAUGCACAAGGAACUCAACACCGUGAAGGGUGGUAAUACUGCCAUGAUGGCAGUCUGGGAUUCAAAAGAGAGUUCUGAUAGGCCCGUUCUCCUCGCAAAUAAGGACAAUGAUGCAACAAUUCGCCUGUCAUCGUUAUCAGAUGGUUCAUCGGCUGCAGUUGAGUGCACACUCAAGCUAACAAAACACGGAGCAGCCAAGCUGAUUGAGAUUGUGGGCAAUAUACUGAACCACAAGGACAACAAGAAGGGACUUCAGGACUUUCACCAUCUCAUGAUGGAAGAGUUGACUGACAGUGCUUGUUCUUCAUUCCCUGACACCAGCAACACCAGGUACCAAACAUAUGGUGCAGCUGUGUGUCACAUCAUCAAAUUUUGGCCCCAGUACAUCGAACUACUCAAGCUUGCACAUAUUUCCAAGGAGAAUGAGACAUUCAACCAUAUGGAGAAGAAUCUUUAUGCUGGCCUUCAUUGCUGGAGAACUUGCUUGGAAUGGACUGCCAAUCUCAACAUUCUGGAUCUUGGACCUCUCCAUGAUGAUGUUAAAAUACAUCUCCAAGCUCUUGUUGAUAAUCUUGACCUUCUCUUGUUGCGUGAAUCCAGUCAUGAGCUUGGUGCACUCUGGGGGGAGCCUUGGGAGGAUCCGACCACCAUCACUGCCUGUCUCAAUCUUUAUGACAGCCUUACCUUGGAGCAGCAGGACCUUGCAGAAGAGCUUCUUUGUGCAUUUUUCAAGGGUGAACUCAAAACCUAUGAAUGA